AUGACGAGAGGCGUUCUCCGUUUUAGCAUUCCGGAUGAGUCUAUACCGGCGGAGGAAAGGUCCCUGUUCGCGACUCCGCAGAACAAAGAUUUCGUGCCCAAGGAGGUGGAGCUUCAUGACUUCUGCGAAUCAUCCGAUGUCGUCCAAGGGCCGGAAGGUCUGCAUGUCCAGGGGUUUACCUAUCUCAGACACAAGUCGAAGAUUAUUGGCUCCGAUCAGCUCUUCGAAGGCCGGAAUCUCGACGACAUCUACCUGCCGGAGGUUGAGCGGUUGAUGAGGGAGGUCACCGGGGCGAAAGAGGUGAUCGUGUGGAGCGGAGUGGUUAGGAGGAAGCUGCCCACUCACCAAGAGAACAAUCCCACGGUACAGCACAGGAAGGGCGGCGACCUCGACAAAAUGAUCGAUAGCAUGCCUCGAGACGUGCCGUUCAUUGCGGGCAGGGAUAUCAAUCGCUCAGUCGAGCCACUGAGAAAUGUACACAUCGAUUUCAGCAACAAGGGACUUCGAGACACGGUCCGUUAUUGUAGGCACGACUUUAGGAAGGCUGGCAAGGCUGCGCUGGAUGCAGAAGAUGCUGGUAGUAAGAACGUACCUCGCUACGCCGCAUACAGUGUUUGGCGUCCACUAGUCACCGUGAAACGCGAUCCCCUCGCUGCCUGUGACUGGAGGACCGUGGACCAAGAUGGUCUAUACGAUGCCGAUUACAGAAACCCCGCAGACAACGAGAAGGGAGAAUUCAUGAACAACAUUCGGAUUUUCUUGCCACCCAAGGAUGAUCGACAAAGAUGGUACUACUUCUCCGAUCAGACUCCAGACGAUGUGUUGAUUCUGAAGGUCGGAGACACGGCCUCGGAUGUCGACCCUGAGAUUGCGAGUGGAUGUCCUCAUGGGUCGCCUAUGAUGCUCGGGACUGAAGGGGUUGAAGACCCGAGACAGAGCAUUGAGGUUAGGGUCAUUGCGUUCUGGUGA